CCUCAUUUUCAGCACAAUUGAGCAUAAGACAACUUCCCCCCACGCCCUCCUCUCAGUUUUCUCACACAGAACUGUCUUUUCUCUUUAGUUAUAUAUAUUUUUGUUGUCCUCGUGAAAACAAAGAAAAUUAUAUGUAAAGAAAACUAGCUAGAGAGAUAGUUUUACAGGAUUGAAGUGAAGUAAUUAAUACAUGGAGAUGGAGGCAGGGAGAGGAGAAAGAGGAGAUAAUAACGAUAUUUGUGAAGAGAUUACUACCAGUGUUGAUUGGAGAGGAAGACCUUCAAACCCCGUCAAACAUGGUGGAAUGAAAGCUGCUGCCUUUGUUCUUGGACUGCAAGGAUUUGAGAUAAUGGGAAUAGCAGCAGUUGGGAACAACCUCAUAACAUAUGUGAUAAAUGAGAUGCACUUUUCAUUGUCAGAAUCAGCAAAUAUAGUGACAAACUUUAUAGGGACAAUCUUUAUCCUUGCAUUGCUUGGAGGCUAUCUCUCCGACUCUUAUCUUGGUUCCUUCUGGACCAUCCUCAUCUUUGGCUUUAUCGAACUUUCGGGUUUCAUAUUACUCUCAGUACAAGCGCAUAUGCCACAGCUAAAGCCACCAAAGUGCAACAUGCUAACUGAUGGAGACCAAUGUGUGGAAGCAAAGGGUUUCAAAGCAUUAAUAUUUUUUGUGGCAUUGUAUUUGGUGGCACUAGGGAGUGGAUGUGUGAAGCCAAAUAUGAUAUCCCAUGGUGCUGACCAAUUUAAUCAAGAUAAUCCAAAGCAGUCAAAGCAACUUUCAAGAUACUUCAAUGCUGCUUAUUUUGCAUUUUCGAUGGGGGAACUUAUUGCACUUACAGUACUUGUUUAUGUGCAAACAAAUACUGGAAUGGAUGUUGGAUUUGGUGUCUCAGCUGCUGCUAUGGCUUUGGGAUUAAUCAGCUUAGUUUGUGGCACUCUUUUUUACAGAAAUAAACCUCCUCAAGGAAGCAUUCUCACUCCCAUUGCACAAGUUUUGGUGGCAGCUUUCUUAAAUAGAAAGCGUGUUUCUCCAUCAGAUGCACAUAUGCUUCAUGGAACCCACACCACCAAGGCUCCUAAUGCCAAUCCCACUAUUCUUCUUCUUCACACCAAUCGAUUCAGGUUCUUGGACAAGGCUUGCAUAAAAAUGCAAGAUGGAAAUACCACAAAAGAGAUAAGUCGAUGGAGACUCUGCACAGUAACACAAGUAGAGCAAGUCAAGAUCCUAAUUUCAGUCAUUCCCAUAUUUGCUUGCACUAUAAUUUUCAAUACCAUCUUAGCACAACUUCAAACAUUUUCAGUCCAACAAGGAAGUGCCAUGAACACUAAGCUAACCAAAAAUUUCAAUAUCCCUCCAGCUUCCCUUCAAUCAAUCCCUUACAUAAUGUUAAUCUUCAUAGUCCCUCUCUAUGACACAUUCCUUGUCCCUUUCGCCAGAAAAUUCACCGGCCAUGAUUCAGGCAUCACCCCUCUGCAACGUAUAGGAGUUGGCCUAUUCGUUGCAACUUUCUCCAUGGUAUCAGCAGCCUUAAUGGAAAACAGACGUCGAAUUGCUGCAGUGGAAUCGAACGAAACCCUAUCGAUAUUUUGGAUCACCCCACAAUUCUUGAUAUUUGGAAUAUCAGAAAUGUUCACUGCAGUAGGACUUAUUGAGUUCUUCUACAAACAAUCCUUAAAAGGGUCGAUGCAAUCAUUUUUAACAGCCAUUACUUAUUGUUCAUACUCAUUUGGGUUUUAUUUAAGCUCACUUCUUGUUUCCUUAGUGAACAAAAUCACUUCAAAUUCAUCUCGUGGUGGCUGGCUUAGUGACAACAAUCUCAACAAAGACAGACUUGAUCUUUUCUAUUGGUUGCUGGCAGUGCUGAGCUUUCUCAAUUUCCUCAACUAUUUAUUUUGGGCUAAAUGGUAUUCGAAAAUGGGAUCUUCAUCAGCUACAAUAAAUCAAGAAUUCAAUUCCAAAGUUGUUGGAGAUGGUGGUAUAGUUUAGUGGAAUCACUAUGUACUUCUAGCUGGGGGAGUAAUUAAUUGUCUCUAAAUUCUAGCUCUAAGGUGCCUAUGGCAAUUAUGGGGAUACAUAUAAUAAACUCUACUUGGGUGAUGUUGGAAUAUAUCUGUAAAAUGUCUAUAAAAGUUCCACGAAUCAUGGAGGUUUAUGUUAUUGUUUGGUUAUAUUAAACCUUUCUAAGUUAUAUGUAUUCACAAUGUAAGGAUCUAUUAUAUUAUCAAUGUAGUUAAACCUAUCAUAGAUA